AUGUCGACGAUUGCGCACUCGUUGCGCGACUAUCGAUCGCCGACUCGCCCACAACUCUUCGCACAUGCCUUCUCGCUGCCUGCCGGCGAAUCGCCUAUCGUGGAUGCAGAGAUCACCUCUGCCGUCUUGUCGCUCUCGGCUGCUACCAAGGACGGCCUGCAGGAGGAUCAGGUGUACGCUGGACGGCUGACGCUCACACAAUCCUUCCUCUGCUUCGCAAGCCAAGGCGACCGAGGCCGAAGCUGCCGCAUGAACCUGCCCCUCUGGUGUGUCCGCCGCGUGGAGCGCCUCAACACCCGUGGCACCGUUUUCGCCCUCAGCAUGGUCGUGUGGCAUGGCAUGAAGGUCAUCCUGCAACUCAACGCGCUCCGUCCCUCCUGUGAGCACUUUUGUGCCGUGCUCCGCGACCAGCUCCGCGCGCAGCUCGGCAAUAUGAAACUGCUCAAGCCUUUCCUUGCCGGCUGCUACAGCGAGUUCCUCAUCACGGACGACGUACCGGAUCCCAAGGGCAAGCGCGUCGCUACAGAUGCUGCGGAAGGCACCGCAGACACACCGGCAUCCGAGACGGACGAGAAGGCGCUGCUCACGGCACCGGCCGACAAGGAAGAGCCAAAGUAUCAGAUGGGACUGGGUGCCACGUUCGGCUUCCCCGGCGACGCGCGUAAGCUCAGAGAAAAGAGCAAGCUGAAGCUCUGGCGAGACUACUUUCUCGCCCACGGUCGAAACCUCACACUCCUGCGCUACCCGCAAUUCCUUCGCCUGGUCCAGGUCGGCCUGCCCAACCGACUUCGCGGCGAAAUCUGGGAGCUGACAUCAGGAUCGAUCUACAACCGCUUCGCGCAUGCGGGAGAGUACCAGGCGCUGCUCAAGCGAUACGAAGGCGUCACCAGCACGAGCACCGAGGAGAUCGAGAAGGAUCUGAACCGCAGCCUGCCCGAAUACCCGGCCUACCAGACGCCCGAGGGCAUCGAGACGCUGCGCCGCGUGCUGGUGGCGUACAGCUGGAAGAAUCCCGAGCUGGGCUACUGCCAGGCCAUGAACAUUGUGGUGGCGGCCAUCCUCAUCUACAUGAGUGAGGAGCAGUGCUUCUGGCUGCUCGACACCCUGUGCGAGAGGCUGCUGCCGGGCUACUACACCCAGUCCAUGUCCGGCACGCUGCUGGACCAGAAGGUGUUCGAAAACCUGGUGCAGCGUACGCUGCCGAUGAUCCACGAGCACUUUGUCAAGACCGACAUCCAGCUGAGCGUCGCCUCUCUGCCGUGGUUCCUGUCGCUCUACAUCAACUCGAUGCCGAUGAUCUUUGCCUUCCGCAUCGUGGACUGCUUCAUGGCCAUGGGGCCCAAGGUGCUCUUCCAGGUGGGGCUCGCCAUCCUCAAGAUCAACGGCGAGGAGCUGCUGCAGGUGACGGACGACGGCGCCUUUAUCAGCUUGAUCAGAGGCUACUUCCGAUCGCUAGGCGACAGCGCGCAUCCGAACAGCACCAAUCCGCGACACCGACAGAUCACCAACUUCCAGGAGCUGCUCGUCGUCGCGUUCCGAGAGUUUGGCGUGGUGACCGACGAGACGAUCGCGAGCGAACGACGCCGCUUCCGACAAGAGAUCGUGCAAGAGAUCGAGCUGUUUGCCAAGCGAAGCGCGAUCCGCAAUCUCAAAGACCACGGCCGCUUCACCAAGGACCAGAUCGGCCUCGUCUACGAUCAGGUGGUCGAGUCGAUCUACCGGGCGAGACACGCACCGGGAGCCACGCUGGAGACCAAGGCGAGUCCGAACGCCGGUAUCGUGGCCAACGAUCCGAAGGAGGUGAUGGAAAAGGCGCUCGCACGAGAUCGCAACGCCGAGGGCGGUGAGGAGACGCUCAACGACUACAAGGAGAUGCGCAUCGACCUCAAGACGUUCCGGCUCUUCCUGGGCGAAGUGGCGACGUGGGCGCGCGACGAGUACGUCGUGUCGAACGGCUUCCAGGAGCGAAUCGAGAGGCGCGUGCCCGAGCACGAAACGGUGGCGCGGCUGUUCCGCUUCUGGGACCGAGAGAAGCGAGGCACGCUGUCGCUGCAAGACAUCGUGACGGGACUCGACGCCGUCAUGUUCAAUCAGGACGACGUGAUGGCCAACAUCCAGUGGUUCUUUGAGCUGCACUCGGACGGACGGCCGUCGCUGACCAAGGACGAGGUGCUGCGCCUGAGCGAAUCGCUGCUCUUCUUCUUCCGCAACGAGCCCAACGACGGCUACCUCGGCGCAGUGUCGCAGCUGAUCGCCCAAGCCUUCGAGCAAGGCGGCGAGGGCAGCUACAAGAACAAAGCAUGA